AUGAGUAAGUCCAGCACGCUGAAGGUCAAGAAACUGUUUAAGUUUAAAUCCCCUGACAAGGAGAACAAGGAGCUGAACCGGUCGGGGUCCCUCAAAGAUGGAGACCAGUCGGGGACGUUGCCGCCGAGCCCUGGUCCCUUCAGCCCGGGAGACAGCGCCACAUCGCCCGACGAUGUUGUACCCAUUUCCCCGAAAGAGAAGAAGGGAAGGCGGUUUUUGCCGUUCAAGCUGAAACGAAAGAAAUCCAAGCGCAAAGCAGAAGGAGGAGAGGUGUUUUUCCCUGAGACUGAUGAACUCGACAGCUUCAACAGUCAAGUGAGCUACGACCAGAUGAGUGUUUCCACAGAGUACAGUUUCCGGACUGAAUCGGAGUGGGACCCAGAUUCUGAGUCCACCUCCAUGAUCAGCUUCGACAUGACUCAGCCAAUCAGCCCGGCUUCGCCCUCCAGAUUCCCUAUUUCACCCUCCAAGAAUCCGGAGGAGAAGAGGGGAAUGUUCGAUCGCCUCAGCAACUUCUUCAACUCCAAGAGAAAGAAGAGCAGGAGUCGGCAGCAUUCAGAUGCCUCCACUGACGCGAGUUCCCCAACGUCCCCAACGUCCCCCUUGUCCCCACAUUCACCUAUAUCUCAACAGGAGGAGGGGCUAAAGACCCCUACUCCCUCUCGAAAAGACAGUGAUCUCAUGGGGUCACAUCACGGUGAGACCAGGACAGGAGCGGAGGGUGAUGACACCCUCAGCCAAAGGUCCAGUCUCAGCGCCUCAAGCGUGGUUUCUGUACGGAGAGAUGAAACCGAGCUCCCGUUCGCAGACAGCGACAGCAGCGGCCGAAGCAGCGUGAGGGAGGUGAUAGUGUGCAGGGUCAGCACCGCCAGCGGUGAAGGGAAUUCUGGGAAUGUGACUCCCACCACUCCCACCAGUAUCGGCCUUGCCGCUGCCUCUCGGCCACGUGCUGACGCGAGCUCAGAAUUAGGCUUUGCAGCGUCAGUGGUGGAGGAAGUAAGCAAGAGGCUGCAGGUUCAUUUAGAAGAAAGCAUGCUGAAGGACACAGAGGGUUCCAGUGAGGACAGCACAUUCACCCCGACCACACCGACGACAUUCAAAAUCCCCCUUUCCAAGACAGCCGAGGCUCCAAAGUCUCCUAACUUAACUUCUAUAAGCUUAGCAUCGAGGAAAACCUGUGUGAGAGUUGGAGAGAAGGGGCACAGCACUGCUCUAACAGGAAUAAGAUUAGGCUCUCAGUCAUCCACCUCACACCUCAUCACGACUCAAGAGGAAGAUGAAAGCGCUGUAGACAGAGAGAAGGAAAACUCAGAGGCCAGGAGGAGGGCUCAGAUAUUCUCUUGGGAUACUACAGCCACGGGGGAGGGGGAGAAAGAGAAGGAUAUAGCGAAAGAAAGGGAGGAGGGCUACAGAGCAGACUCGCCUCCCGUGCUGGCCAUACCUGUCACUGUAAUUCCAGAGGAGGACUCGGUCGCUCAGGGCACAGAAGACGGCCCCUCUACCCCCUCAGAAGCUUUGCCGCCCGGUGGCAGCUCGCCAGAUUCGGCCUUCUCCUUGGCACUGACUACAGGGGAGUUCCAAACAAGCUCACCGCAGCCAGAGGAGCCUGACACUGGCACAGGCUCAAAGCAAAAUUCCCUCCAGGAGAAACGCAGACCGAGAGAACUUCGUGUGACGCGCAAGACUGUGAAUCUGCCCUCGAAGCACAAGGUUUCUGGCCAGAAGAGGUGCGUUAGCCCAGAGCCGGGUUCGCAUGAGAACGAAGCGGCAGGAGAGGACUACAGCACAGAUUCAACUUCAAAGACUUCAGACACAACACAAGUGAAACUACUGCCAAACCUCCAAAACAACAACAAUGCGGAACUCAAGGGCGCCAACCUUGAGCCAUGCACAACAGAUGAGACUACACUCUGUGACACAAACACUGCUGCACUUCUAGUGAAAGAAAAGACAGACUCUGAGGCCUCUGACUUUGAUGAUACCAGUGCAUCCUCAGACAUGUACAGAGCAAAGUCACGAGCGUUGGGGUCUGGGGUAAGAAGCCCAGAGGCCAACCAGGAUAUCCCCUCCAAACGAGGGCUGAAAGCAGCAGCAGAGAGUCGGCAUACCACAGCAAGCGGAGCAAAGACCCCGUCCCCUGCAGCUGGAAGCAGGGCCAAGAAUGUCACAACAAAGGCGAAGGGCUCCGCAGAGGGCACAAAACAGGGAACUUCCAGUGAUAUUCCACCACAGAGGGAAGAUAGCACUGAGAAAACAGCCUCUAUGUUACCAACAUUAAAAGACCACAGCAGCAGCAGUUCUUCAAGUGCGACAGGUUCAAAGUCUAAAAUCCCUAAAAGGUCAUCGUCAGACGCUGAUGUGAAAUCACCGGUGACUCCAGAUAAAACAUUAGUGACUGAUGCCGCAGCAGCCACUUCCAAACUGCAAAAGCAACCUAAAACCAAAGAAUCUUUGAAAUCUCCGGUCCCCGCAACCAAAGCUGCCAGGAAACCAAGUUUUGAGGAAGCUAAAGGAGGGAAAUCUGUCACAGGAGACAUGUCUCCAACAAAAAACACCUACAGGACAGGAACAAAACUUGUUAGAGAAAAGUCAGAUGAAGACAGCGGCUCUGUAAACCUGGUAAAUGGCAUGGAGAAAGAUUAUAGGGAGAGCAGUGUUAAAGCAGGACCCCCACUUGACAAGGAAGACCUGGAUGUCAAAAAACAGCCUCCGAAACAUCUGGAGAAUAACGCCUCCUUGGCAACAAAGACUCGGCUGCCCAUUUCAUCGCCAACAAGAAAGAAGAAUGAUGAUAUCACAAGAGCCGCUGGCACCAGCUCUAAAAAAGUUUCAUCUGGUCAGACAGACUCGGACAGACCCAAGAAGAGUCCAGACCAGCAAGAAGUACCUCCUGGUGAGAGGCCUGUUAGUGACAUCGCUUCCCCGCGCUCUGAAAGUCCCAGCAAAGGAGGCAUGCUGCCAACAAGACCAUCCAAACACCUCUCUCAAAGAAGCCAUGAAGAGAGUGACAUUCCCACAUCAUGUGUCUCUCCACCUCCAAUCAAGCAAGAGAAAACCGUCUCAUCAAGGCUCUCCAAACAGAGUGACAACAUCAAACAACACCAAAAGAGUCCGGUAAAGGAGUCAGCUGAUCCCUCACUGUCUGUGAGCAAGCUUCCUACCCGGGGUCAGAGAAGCUCCAACAAAAUCAAAACCAGGAAACCUCUACAUUCCUCAACUGAGACUUCUGCAAGCACAUCUACAUCUACACAGGAGUCCAGUCAGAGCGCUGACACAGAGACAGCUGUUAAAGCAGCUGACAGUGUUGUAGUGAAUCGAGUGGAGGAGGAAGAACAUAUCAUUAAACUCACAGACAAACAGUCAAGUACAAGUGAAAUCAAACUGGAAGGAAAAGAAAUAAAUCAGUUAGAGAGAAUAACCAGUCCUACAACUGGAAAGAUUUCAAAAAUACAGCCAAAACAAAACAAUGACGGGAUUAUCACAGCAAAUGCUCAGGUGGAAGUUACACCAGCAGCAGAACCAGUAUCUAAGUUAUUGUGUAGCAGUGGGGCUGCUAAAGCAAAUCCAGCUCAUUUCCCAGUCACUGAUAUAAAUAAUGUUGAGACAGAUAGACGGGGAAGACAACAAGAAGCUAAACAGCAAGCACACAUGGAGUCUUUACUUGAAAAUGUAUCUCUCAUGCAAAGUGACAACACCACACAGGAACAGAAGACAGCCCAGAUAAUAAGUAACAUAAAACCAGAUUUAAUCCAGGAGGAGGAGCCAAACUCUGCAAUGUUGCCUCAGGUCACAAAACCAGCUCAUGAGGAUGUAACUGAUAUGUCAGCCAAACCUGCUGUGGGUGAUGGCAUACUCUCUGACAUAAUGACUCGCUCUGAUGAGGAAGGUGUUAUGCCUGAUAAUGUUUCCCUUAAAGCAACAACUGAGGUCAGUGCAAAAGAAGAGGAUAACACAAAUAAUCUUCCUGCUAAAUUGGCAUCAAAAGACCAAGAUGCUGAGCCAAAAGAUGAACUUUCAGCCAAUUCCUGUGUUUCAGUCGAUGCAAAGCUGGCCAAUACAGAGCAGCAGAAGGAAAAUGGCUUAUUAAAGGAUCAAACCACGAAUAUAAUUCCUGAAAAUGAUAGAUUGCCCUCCACAUCAGGCAAAGAUUCAGUGAAAAAUGUUGAGGUGGAGGAGAAAAGUAAAGAGGAGGUUGGCACAAAACCCUCAGAGGCUUUGGACAUUCAAACAGAGGCUGUGACUGUUUGUGAAUUACCCAAGAAUGUUGAAAAUAAGCCGGACAAAGAGCCUCUUUUACUGGCCGGAGAAUUUGAAAGACAGGAGAAAGACUCAAAACCAAAUGAAAAGCUGAAUGACGCAGCAGUGGAAAGCACUGACUCACAGAGCAGUCGCAUAGAGGAGCUCAAGGGCACAACCACAGUGGAUGAAGCAGAGAAAGACAUUACAAAAGCAGAAAAGCCAUAUGGUCUAUCAUCAGAGGAGAAAUGUUUACAGCCUGACUCAGAGGAGGAACCACAGACGGUAGUUACAGAAACCCUGGAAGAGAAGAGGACAGAAGCAGAGCAAGAGAGAAGGGUAUUUCCUGAAACUACUGCCAGUGUGGAAGAUACAAAACAUGAAUGUGCGAUCCUUUUGAAAGAAAAUGCACAGAGUGGCUGUAAAGAAACACAGCGAGUGGAGCAGCAGAGAAUGGCAUCAACAAUGAAAAAUGAACAGGAGCCCAAACGACUUCCAACCAGAGACGACGUCAAGAACGACAACACAAAUGAGGAGGACAAACACGCUAACGGUUUAAAGGAAAGCCAAACUCUAAAUAUAAAAGCCAGAAGCACUAAAAUGCGGGAUGGUGUAGGUAAUAAAGAAGAGAAGAGUUUACCAAAUGAGGUUUUAAAUGAGACUGCUAAAUCCAACCAAGAGGACAAGAAGGCACUCACUGAAGAUAUUAAAAAAACAGAGGGAAAAGCUUAUAAAUCAGCGGAACCCAAAUGUCCAAAUGCUAAACUAGAACUGAAACCUGAAGCACAAAAUGUUCCAGAGAAGAAGACACCAGAAAUGGAUAGAACUCAAGAAGCUCUGAGUGGUGAAAGUACUGAAGAAAAGACUGAAACAAAGGCUUCAUCAGUAAAGUCUGUGGUGAAUGAGACUGCAGCUGUGAGUGCUGACAGUGAAGUUAACAUCCAACAAGACCAGAGGUCCAUAAUUGUUGGAGACACUGAAGACAUAACAAAACUAGAUAAAAACAAAUCGACAGAAUCCAAAUAUCCAAACUCUAAGUUGGAUCAGGAACCAGAGAGCGUAAGAACUAAAGUUCAAGAGAAGACAAUGAAGAGCCAAGAAACAGGCAAAACUCGAGAACUCAACUCUGUAAGAACUAGUACUGAAGGUACCAAAGACAAGACUGAAAUAAAGCAUUCAUCGGUGAAAGAGACUGGAAAUGAGGCUGUUGUUAGAGACCAGAAGUCUGUGAUUGGUAGAAACCAAAUUAAGAGCAGGGAAAAGGGAGAGAAAAAGAAACCAACAGAAUCCAAACAUCCAAAAUCUAACAUAAAACCAGAAACAGCAAGAGCAAAAGCUUUGGAGAAGACAAGGGAGAACCAAAAUGUGAAAACAGAUAUAACUCAAGAAUGUACCUCCAUAAACACCAGUGCUAAAGAUAGCAAAGAAAAGAUUGAAACCAAGGAUUCAUCAGUAAAGAGUUUGACUAAGACACCAACUGCGAAUGCUAAACAUGAAGUUACCAACCAACAGGUCCAGAAGACCAAAAUAGUUGGAGACCAACAUGAGGACAUUACAAAACAAGAGAAAAACAAGUUGACAGACUCUAAAUGUUCAAAUACUGACCUGAAACAGGAACCAGAGAAAGUAAGAACAGAGAAGACAUCAGAAAAUCUAAAAGUUGAAAUCACCAAAACUCAGAGUGCUGAGGCAACAAAAGAGAAGACUGAAACAAAGGAUUCAUCAAUGAAGAGUUUGGUGAAUGUUGGUACCCAAAAACACGGGAAGUCCUCAGUUGUCAGAGACGAAUAUGUGGAGAAACCAGAGACAGACACUGAUCGGUCCACAGAUUCCAAAGCUCCAAAUGGUAGCCAACAACAGAAACCAAUGACUGUAACAAAAGGAUCUCUGGAGGCAACAAAAGAUGCCAAAUUACAUGAAGAAUCAAGUGUUUCCGCAACUGAAAAGGUAGUUAGUAAGAGUGAUAAGAUGCAGAACCAGAAAAGCCUCGUUAAAGAAUGUGGACAUGGUCAAAAUGAAGAAACAAAAACAGAGCAGCAGCAGAUAAACGUAUCAAAGACAGGUGUCAACCAAGAGUCAGACCCUGUUUCUGUAAAAGAUUUAUCUAGUAAAAAGGUUGGUGGAGAACAAAUGGACAAGUCCAAUGUUAUUUUAGAUAAAAUACCCAUUAGUGCUGACAUUCAGAACAAUGAGGAAGACAUUCAAGAAAGGACAAAAACAGGUAGUGGUUUGAAACAGGGAGUACAGACUUCAAGAGAGGAGAACAUCCUGAACCUCAGUGAUCAACAAAAACCGACAAAGCCAAUGCUCAACGGCAGUUCGUUUCUUCCUGAUGCAGCGAAACCAUCCAGUCCGUCUCAAAGUCUUCCGCUAAAGAAGGAAUCUCCAUCAAGCUGGUUGGAUGUGGAACAUAAUAAAAAACUGAAGAAGGAGCACAAAAAAAGACUGAAUGCAUCAGCCAGUGAGGAUGAAUCUCUGGAGCCUGAUGAGUUUGAGGAUUUCAUCAAGAGUAUUAAGGAGGGUGGAAUACCUUUCUCCUUCCCUCCAAAGAGGCACAUUCGUAAAAAGUCCCCAUCUCCACCUUUUGCCAUGCCGGCCAUCAAGGAGGAUCAUUUUGAGAAGACAUUUAAUCCUGAGGAAUUCCAGUUUGGCUUAAGGAAAAAUGGCAUAAGUUUUAGGGAUCCUUCACCAGCUAUGGUGAUAAAACAAAAAGCAGCCAAUAGGAAAGGAAGGACGCUGGGAAAACGUGCCCAAGACAAUGCCCUGCCCACGUCUAAAGACAAAAAGGAAUCACUUGACGAGGUGGAAGGAAAAGAUGGAGGGGGGACCAAAGCUGAAGCAGAGGGACAAAGCAACGGAGGGGAGCCUGGGAAGUUGACAUCAAGACUAGGAAGGAUAUCCAUCCUCUCCAGCCUUCUGAGCUCCUCCAGGAAGAACAAAGAGGAAACUGCCUCUGCCUCUAAUAGCUCAUUGACAUCUAAGCAACUACAAGACCUGCCCUCUGUUGGAAAGAAGGCUGUUGUUGAUUCACCUCUGCCUGGCGCCACAGCAGAUAAGGAGGGUGUGAAGAGCACAGAUCAAGGCCCGCUCAUGGGUGGUGGUAGAGGUACAGUUGGUGAGUCAGCACUUAGCCCCUCCUCUCCUCCUAGUCUUCCCACAUUCUCAGAGGUAAAGCUGCCUGAUCAUUUAGAGAAAUACAUGAAGGAUAAAAGAGUUUCUGAGGCCUCUCAGGGUUCCACAAACCUAACUAAAACCAAUCUGAAUCCUGAGGGGAGGACUGUUAUGGAUCCAGCUUCAGUAGCAGGAGUAGAUGUGGAUGUGAAAGGCCCUGCUGCUCUGCCUCCAACCACCAAGUCCAGCCAGCAGAAUUCCCAAAAUGGACUUUCUACUAAGUCUACCAAGUCAAAGAUACCAGCAGUGAGAGGGUUCCACAAAAGGCCUGGAAAGAUCGUCGUACAUGAACAUGCUCAGUUUGGAGGGGAAGCGUUGGAGUUCUACUCUGAUGUGGAAGACGCCACCACGAUGAAGCUGUCCCCCGUCAUCUCUGUCAGAGUCAUCAGAGGGUGCUGGCUGUUGUAUGAAAAGCCUGGAUUCCAGGGGCGGAUAAUCGCCCUUGAGGAAGGUCCUACAGAGCAGAUAGUGAAUAUAUGGGCAGAGGAGGGAGCUCCAACAACACUAGACCAGACUGGUCAGCCUGUCCCAGCAGCACCUAUGGUUAUAGGUUCUCUCCGACUGGCAGUUAGAGAUUAUAACAUACCCCGGAUCGACCUAUUUUCAGAGGUCAAUGGGUUGGGCAGGGUGGCAUCUUACUGUGAAGACACUGUGGAGAUCGGCUCCUAUGGGAUCCCACAGACCACUGGCUCCAUUAAGGUCCAUUCUGGAGUCUGGCUGGUGUACACUGAUCCAGGCUUUGGAGGUUUUGUGGGAGUGCUGGAGGUGGGCGAGUACCCCUGCCCAGAGACCUGGGGUUUCUCUGAGCCCUUCGUUGGGUCUCUCAGACCCCUCCGAAUGGGAGCAAUAAGGGUGGAGCAUCCUCAUGAAGUCAAGGCCUUGGUGUUCGAGAAGCCCGACUUUGUUGGAGAGUGUAUAGAGGUGGACGGUGAUGUGUACGAUCUGCAAGAACAGACAGAGGAAGAAACGGACAAACCUGAGGAGAAGAAGAAGACACUGCCCACAGUGGGGUCUGUAAAGAUACUCGGUGGCCUCUGGGUGGGCUAUCUGGAGGCAGACUUUGAGGGCCAGCAGUACAUCCUGGAGGAGGGGGAGUAUCCUCACUGCAGUGACUGGGGAGGGUCUGAAGACGGGCUCCAGUCACUGCGGCCUGUGUGCACAGAUUUCCUGUCUCCACAUGUGAAAAUGUUCAGCGAGCGGAACUUUAAUGAGCUGGGGCUCAACGUGGACUUGCUGGGUCCCGUCCUCAACAUGGAGGACGUCGGCCAUGGCAUCAAAACCCAGUCUGCCAACGUCAUGGGUGGAGUGUGGGUGGGAUUUGAAAAGCCUGGAUUCAAUGGAGAGAUCUAUGUGCUGGAGAAAGGCCUGUAUGCGAGUCCAGAGGACUGGGGAGCCCAGAACUUCAAGAUCUCAUCCAUACAGCCGGUCUUCCAUGACAUGCUGAUGGGAUCUACAAAAUUCAAGGUGCAGCUGUACUCUGAGCCAGACUUCCAGGGCAGGCUGGUGGCUCUGGAGGACAGUGCAGCAGCUCUGGAGGAGGACUUCAUGCCCAGGUCCUGCAAGGUGCUGGCUGGCAGCUGGGUGGCAUAUGAAGGUGCCAGGUUUACAGACAACAUGUAUGUGCUGGAGGAGGGAGAGUACCCCAACACAUUGGCCAUGGGCUUCCUGUCCUCAGACUCUACCAUCCGCUCCCUACAGCCCAAUGGACAUGAGUUCUCUCUGCCAUCCAUCAUCUUGUUCAGUAAGGUUGGCUGCAGUGGUCGCAGGGUGGUGUUGACCAGCGGCACUGUGAACCUGCUGCAGGCCGGCCUAGACGCACGCAUACGCUCCCUGGUGGUGGAGGGAGGAAUGUGGGUGUUGUAUGAAGGCAGUAACUACCGCGGACGACAGCUGCUUCUUCGGCCGAGUGAAGUGGGUGAUUUGAGCAAAUUAAGCAGCUGGAAGCAAGUAGGAUCCCUGCGCCCAUUACUGCAGAAACAGAUGUACUUCUGUCUGAGGAACAGGGAGACGGGAUGUGUGAUGUCCCUGACAGGAACUCUGGACGACAUUAAGCUGAUGAGGGUUCAGGCCGUGGAGGAGACAGGAGGCGUAGAGCAGGUGUGGCUCUAUCGAGAUGGACAGCUCACCUGCAAGCUGGUGGAGGACUGUUGCUUGGAGACCUCAGGCAGCAUGUUGAUGGCGGGCUGUCGACUUUGCGUUUCCCCAGAGCGGGGCAAGGACAACCAGCUGUGGAGCAUCAGCCCAGACGGCCUGGUGCGCUGCCACCUCAACCCUGAGCUGGUCCUGGAGGUCAAAGGUGGUCAACAAUAUGACAAGAACCAGGUGAUCCUCAACACAUUUGAUGAGAGGAAACUGAACCAAAGGUGGACCCUGGAGAUCCUGUGAUAGGAGAAGCUCCACCGUGGGCUCUCACAGCUCCGUGGUGCAGCUCUGCCAGGACACUGAGCCCUGUGUUGCAGCUGCACCAUGGAACCCACAGCACAGAGAUGUGCUCUGCAAACACUGCACUCGUUUGUAGUAUUCUGACUCGUUUACUUUUGUUAAAGAGGGUUCACCAGUGACUGGAUCAAUAUUAUAAUUAUUAACCAAACUUUUGAGAUACGUGCACUCAUUUAGGAGUUGAUGAAAUUGUUUCCUCUUUCUCAGAAUGAAUGAGUGAUGUAAAAUGUUGGUAAUUUUAGCCACUUGAUUUCAAACACUACACCAAAGACUCCAUGCCCUCUCUGUGUUUCGACUUUAUCAGCCCUGUUUCAAUGCUGCAUACUUCUGUUUACUUUAUGGUACUUUACUUUUUUCCUGAUCUUGAUCUUACUGUUGACAAACACGAAUGUACACUUCACACUGACGGCUGCAAUAUGGAGUCUGAUGUGCCUACACUCCAGAGAUGUAUGUAGAUGCUCUAUUUGUAAUUACUGUAGAUCAAAAAUGAUCUAUUGUAAAGUUUUGAUAUCUUUUUAGGACUUUAUAGGUUUUUACACUUCUACACAAACUGUACUUUUACUGCUCUAGGUUGUACAUAAGCAUCAUGUGUAUAGAUAUGAUUUUAGAUUUCAAAGGAGAACUGCAAUAAAAUGAUGCUGCCCACUGUUAAUUGUAAAUAUGUGAAUGUAAAAGAGGAAAAGGUUGCACAGGAAAAUAAAAAAAAAACUUUU